AUGAUCCCUCCAGAAAAGCCAUUGUACAUUCGAGCAAGGCGUGCCAAGACCGUUGUAUUCUUGUGCUAUCAACCUUCGGAUACCAUUGCCACCAUCAAGGACAAAUUGUGUGCUGCCAUUCCCAGUGCUGGCAAGAAGGCUGACGAUUUGCGGCUUUACAUUCGACGAUCGGACGGCGAAGGAUACAACUUGCUAAAUGAUGCGAGCAAGGCAAGUGCAUCUGGUAUACAGAAUGAAACAGAGAUCUAUUUUGUAUAUGGUGAUCAAGGUCAUUGGGAAGAGGUUCAUGCAUCUGAAUACGAACCAUUGGAUGAUGGAGAUGAAGAAAUGGAGGAAGAUAGUAUACCAAGUGGCAAGAAGGAAAAGGGCAAAGGCCGAGCGUAG